AUAAUAAUACUGAUAUAUUUGCAUUAACAAAUAACACAAAAAUGGCGCUUGUCAACAUCGAAGGAAUCGAUCCUUGGCUUACGGAAUAUGACGCAUGUGAGAAAUUGUUUCGUGAAAUUAUGGAACAGCUCACUAUGCGUGAUGGAGAACCAAAGACGUCAAAAGUUUAUGCCAGCUUGUCAGCUAAUAUAAGAUUGCGUAUGAAGCAGUAUACGCGGGAAGUUCAGCAAUUGAAGUCCAAAGUGGAAGAAGCUUCUAAAUUGAAAACAAUAACGUUCGAGGAAGCUGAACGUCGGACGAGACAAGUGGAACAGCUACAAAGCAAAGAUAUUCAGUUACAAAAAUUAUACGAGCCACGUACAAAUGAUUAUAUAUCAUCGCGUGCUAGUUUAUUAAAGGCAAGCUCGUCAGCUUUCGCUGAUGGAGGCACAACUUCUUGGGCUGCUGAUGAUGAUGAUGACAAACCAUUAGAUGUCCAAGUAUCUGUCAAUGAUCUUAUGAGUCAUCAAGAACGAGUAUUAUUAGAACAAGACAAAGGCUUAGAAGAGCUAUGUAAAGUGAUAGCUCGCCAAAAAGAAAUUGGACAAACAAUUAGUAAUGAAGUGGAUCAUCAAAAUGAAAUAAUUGAUGAUCUGGCUGACCAUAUGGACAGGACAGAUGAAUCUUUAAUUAACAAGACUCAGCAGGUUCGUACUAUUAAUUCCAAAGAUCGUACGUGUGGUUACUGGAUAAUAAUACUUAUACUUUUUAUCGCUAUUAUUAUUGUUUCUUUUGUAUAGUGGAUAUUGAAUAUAUAUUAAGUCUAUUAUGAAUUGU